AUGGAGCAGAAAAACGCAAAGAAGAAAAUUGAUUCUGUAAUAUCAGACGCGAUGUUCAAGUUCGCGGUGACAAGUCUGCAUAAAUAUGCGACGAUCAACCCGAAAGAAGAUAUUGUUUUUAGUCCAUAUAGCAUAUACCAGGGACUUUACUCUACUUAUCUGAUAUCCAGUGUUUAUAGUACCCAAUUACAGGUGACUGUAAAAGAGUUAAUCAUUAAGGAACAUUUCACGUCGCUGUAUAUGUUGAUACCUUCAAGCAAAAACAAGAAAGUUGAAACGGAUAUGCGCAGCAUUAAUCUUUUCAGGUUGAUUGACAGAUUGUCAACUAGCGAGGGAAUGGAUAUACUUCGUAACAUAUUGUCUCGUGCAAAAAAAGUUAAACCACUAGCUCUCUAUACACGGCUAACCUUCGAAAUCGAAAAGUAUCUGGAUAUGCGUGUUCUGUUGCGAGAACUAGGCAUCGAACAAUUAUUGACGCCCGAUGCAAUUCCUUUGGACAACACCGUCGCGGAAAACGAUCGAAGCGCGCACUUCGGCAAUGCCGUGCACCGUGCUCGUGUCAAGGUCACGCAGGAGGACGUCGAGGCGGCUGCAGUAACCGUGAUUAGCGGACAGGAACCAUGUUCGAAUGAUAUUAUAACCGACAUGGAUAUCAAGUAUCCAUUUCUUUGGUUUAUUUACGACAAAAUGUACGCAGAUAUUCUUUAUAUCGGCGUUUUUAAUAAAGUCGACAAGCACGUUUCUCAAACAAAAUUGACAGGUACAAAUUGA